AUUAAAAUCAGUUACAAACUUUCCGAUUCUAAAAGAUGUUAAUACAGACAGGGAAGUUCUUGACAAGCUGACCUACUAUCAAGUUAUCGUUUCAGGACGCACGUGCUGCUCUUCUAUGCCAUAUAUUGGCUACUGUGCCUAUCAGCAGUAAGCCAGCCAAUGGAUUCUGCAACGAUGACUUUCAUCGGCGACAUUUCGAAGGCGUCUCCACCGGCCGUCGUAGGCGCUUUUGUCUGCUGCAAGUCCGGCGAUAUUUUAAGACUUUGGCGCCAUCUGUCGGAUCAGCACGUGUUACUUACAACUCAAACGACGAUCCAAGGUGCCGAGACUCUGCUCCAAACAACAGAGAGGGACAGACAAAUGACAUUCAUCGUGGACAUGGCCUGCCAGGACUCACGCGCCAUACUCCAUAAGGCUCAUGUACUGAAUUUAUUCGAUGAACGGAGGCGGUGGAUAUUGCUAGGGAACCAAACACGAACCCAGGACGUGCUUGAGGACCUCAACAUUUUGCUGUACAGCGACGUGGUGGUGGCAGAGCGCGUGUCUGACGGAACAGUCCUCUUAGUGGAGAUGUACAAACGGAGAUCCUACGAAACACUCAUAAAGACAGUUAUCGGUGACUGGAGCCAGGGGCGUGGCGUUCGGCUGACCUCCUCACCCGUAAAGUUUUCUAGAAGAGCAGAUCUCCAAAAGUCUGUCUUACAGGCUGUCAUGGUGGUGACGAACAACAACAGUUUACUCCACCUGAAGGACACCACCGACAGACACAUUGACACAAUCAGCAAACUGAACUACGCGAUAUUCUGCCACGUAGCAGACAUCGUCAAUGCAAGAGUUGAAAUGACGGUCGUCGGCACGUGGGGCUAUGACGUGAACGGCUCGUGGACUGGACUUUCAGGAUAUUUGCAGCGAGGGGACGCCGAUAUCGGGGCCACUGCGUUGUUCGUCACCAAAAAUCGACUUCCGUUCAUGACCUAUAUCGCGGGAACCACAGAUAGUGAAUCCGGGUUCCUGUUCCGACAGCCACCGUUAUCCUUCGUGGCCAACAUCUUCACUUUGCCGUUCAGUCGUAAUGUGUGGCUGACCAGUGUUGGCUUUAUCACCGUCGCGGGCUUUCUGCUGCAUGGAACGAUCAACUGGGAGAACAGACAAGUCACCUGGAGCGACAUGGUACUGUUUGCAGUGGGCGCUGUGUGCCAACAGGGCUCGACGAUGGAAGCAAAAGGACUUUCCGGCCGCAUCAUCACCAUAUUCCUCUUUACGACGGAAGCAAAAGGACUUCCCGGCCGCAUCAUCACCAUAUUCCUCUUCGUGGCGGUGAUUUUUCUGUACACUUCAUACUCUGCCAGUAUCGUAGUUCUACUCCAGUCCUCCACGACCUCCAUACGAACCUUGCAUGACUUGCUCGAUAGCGACCUCAGCCUGGGUGCCCACGACAUAGUCUACAACAGAUAUUAUUUCAAGGCAGUAAGCGAUCCGAUACGGCAUGCCAUUUAUACCCGGAAGGUAAACCCCCCAGCGGGACCAGAGAAUUUCCUGCCCCUUGAAGAUGGCAUCAAGAGGAUAAGGACAAGUCGGUUUGCCUUCCACAUGGAGCUGGGACCGGGCUACAAAUAUAUCUGGGACACUUUUCUCGAGGAGGACAAAUGCAACCUGCAGAGAAUCACAUUUCUUACGGAGAUUCCCAAACCAUUCGUGGCAGUGAGCAAGAAGACGCCCUUCAAGGAAAUACUCACAAUCGGCUACCGAAAGGUGCACGAACGGGGGCUGCAACAACGCGAAAACCUGCGGUUCUACCACGCAAAACCUGAGUGUGCAAGUCGCGGAAGUAAUUUUGUGAGUGUGGGCAUCGUGGACUGCUACUCUGCGCUGCUGGUGCUGGUGUACGGGAUGCUUCUGUCACUAGUGCUCCUUCUGGCAGAGAUAGUGGUAAGGCAAACAAGAGAUGCAGGAAACUCGCUCAGUAGAGCACAACGUAACUUUUACAGCAACUAA